CUCAAGCGUGGUCCCGUUGUGAAAAAAAAGCCACAAAUCACCACCAAUUUAAAACUUAACUUUCUUAACGGGAUAUUAGUAUUUUUAAAACGGUUUGCUAGUUUCAUUGUAACGAUUCUAGUCUAAUGUCUUAACGCGAGUUUUUUAUAAAUUGAAAUGGACAAUUGCAAAUCUCGACGUACGUACGAUCAGGCCUUCUUGUAUGCAAAGGGUGAAACGAACAGAAGUGGUCAUUCUAAGAAACGAGCAUUGAUGUUCGCGGAUUUUUAUGAUGUUGUACCUGUCGCGAUAACUGAUGAAGAUGGUAACGAAUUAGAUGUAAUUUUGUCACCAAGUCAUAUAGACCAAUUUCAAACAAUGCUUGCAAAACCUACGCAACUGACUCUAAGACGUCCAACUCAAGAUGUAUCUCCUAAUAAUAUGUUUAGAACUUGUGAUACUGUUAAUAGCAUCGGUGAAUUUGGAGCGAUAUCGCAAUACUUAACAAAGCGCCACUAUACUGAAUUGAACAAGGAUAUGAUUGAAACACUGAGCCAAGACUGGGAGAUUAAGCCAAGCCAACGUUUCAUUGCGGCAAGAGCGCUAAUUGGAUCUAUAAUAAUCGAUACUGAAAACCAUCGUGGUCUUCUUAUUUUAGCAUUGGAAGUUUAUGGCCGUGACCCUGAUAUUGAUAGCCACGCCGAACAACGAAGCUCUACUGGAUCCACUCGCCAAUCGACAUCUGUGCCGUCUUUGGGCCACAACGAUUUCGAAAUAUGUACUAUGCACCAAACAGAAGGAAGUAAUAUUUCCAUGAAGCUUAUACUUGGUACUCACUCCUUUAACGCCCUUGUAACUGCUAGUACACGUAUUGACAAUUUGGUUGAUCAGCCGGAAUGCGGACCUAACACUGUAAAUUUCGUUGUGCCUCCUCGAUUCCAUUUAAAAUACAAACUAUACCUUGACUCGCAAUCAUGGUCUGACUCUUUAACGCUAGAUAAAAAGACUAACUUGAAUUCAAUUUAUACCCACUCCCGACUUAUGCAACUUCGACAGCUUAAAACACGAUUUCAUAAAAUUGAUACUUACUCUUCUUCGCGUUCUUCAUUAUUCCAUGGCUAUUUACAGCAACCUAUGACAGUAUUCACGUAUGGUAAAAGUACUACAUCUAUUAAUUCUGGGGCCUUAUCUUCUAGGUUAUUAGCUACUUUAGCUACCUCAGUUAUGAGGGAUGGUGAAAAUGCUCGUUUAGGGAAAAACAGCGUUGAAAAAUUAUUGUCCGAAUUUACCAAAGAAACAAAGGCUAAACUUGUUUUUCUACGAAUACUUCAACUUUUUGACGACGGUGAUAUUAUUCCUAUUAUUGGAAAUACUGACCUGAAUUCUCUUGCUGAGGAAUUAGCUACCUUGUUAGCACCGUAUAUAUCUACCGCAAACAAAAAAAGUGUUAUUCCUUCCCUCGCCGACCAUUUAAAAUCAUAUUGAUUGUAGUAACCCACUCUUUUUAUUAAAUGUAUACCUGUUGCACUCCCUCUUCCUCUUCAUGUCAUGCAAUACCUUUUAUUAUCAUUGUUUAUUAUUAAAAGCUAUUAGUUAAAAAAUAAAAUAUAGUACAGUAAUACAGGCUUCAAACUCGACCAACCCUAAAUUCUUAAACAUGCUCGAACAUUUAAUAAUAACAAAAGAUACGUGGUACAUUUAUAAGAAAUAGUAGGUGGGUAUGGUGCAUCUCAGCUAUAACCAA